AUGGAUCAGUUGGAGCAUAAUCAAGUUGUUAUGAGGGAAGAUAUGACCGCUGUGAAAGCCCAGAUGGGUCAACUUGUUAAAGCCAUACAAGCUUUGGCUAGAGGACAAGAGGAAAUGCGUCAGGAUAAUCUGAGAGUUGUCGUUGCCAAUCCUCCUAUUGUGACAAGACUAGUGAAUCCCCCAGAAGGAGCUGGUACACCUGUCAUAACUCAACCACCUCCCGAGAGAGUCCCAGUGUAUCAAAAUGCUGCUCAGACAUUCAACAUCCAUAUCAAUGGGAGAGCUCAACCUGAGAUGGACGAUCAUCAAGAUGCCUUCUUCACUACAAGGGCUGAUUUGAUAUAUGAUGCUUUCGGUCCUUCUCCGGCUGACUUCGAACGAAGAUUUCAUAUGAUGGAGGACGAAAUAAAGGCAAUAGAAGGUCCCGAUACCUUUGGGUUAGAUGCUGCCAACAUGUGCCUAGUGCAAGGUGUGAAAAUUCCUCCGAAGUUCAAGGUUCCAAACUUUGAAAAGUAUCAAGGGAUCACCUUCCCGAAGACCCACAUCCGAGCGUUUUGCAGAAAGAUGGCUGCUUAUUCUGAUGAUGAAAAACUCUUAAUGCACUUUUUCCAGGACAGUUUUAGUGGGGCUUCUCUAGAAUGGUAUAUGCAGCUUGAGCACACGCAUAUACGAACCCGGAGGGAACUUGUUGAAGCCUUCCUAAAGCAUUAUCAGUAUAAUUCAGACAUGGCUCCCAAUCGGACUCAACUUCAAAGCCUUGUUCAAAAGCCAGACGAAUCAUUCAAAGAAUACGCCCAACAUUGGAGAGAUCUAACUGUCAGGGUCUAA